AUGGUCUAAUUCCCAUUUCUUAUAUAUUCUUUAAUGAUGUGGCCUUACAGAAACAAGUAUAAAGAUAUGUUAAAUCUUUGUUGACAAAACAGGGCAAAAGCCAGUAAAAUUUCUUGCUUUAUUCAAAUACUAAAACCCAAAAAAAAAAAUCACAUUACUAAUUUGCUUUAAAACAACACCCUGCGAAUAAUGAAUGGGCGGGAAUCUGAUGAAAAAAAAAAAAAAAGGGCGGGAAUCCCGCCGCGGGAUCUAAAAUUUUCCAACAAAACGCAGCGUUUCAACGCAUUUCGAUUUUUACGCAGAAGAAUGGGCCGGAUACUACUUUUACACAAGAGACGGGUCAAAUUUGUCGGGUUAAUGGGCCGGAUACUAUUUUUAAUUUAAAACGCUGCGUUUUUAACCCAUUUCAAGAACGCUUAAAUCAACCGUUGGAUCAUAUCUGUUAGGAGAGCAAUCGACGGUUACAAUUCUUUGACUAGUGAUAUAUAAAACCAAAUUACGAAUAAACAAAACAUUCGUCACAAAAAUCAUCGCUUUCUCUUUCUCUCUUCUUCAAAAGUCUCUCUCUCUCUACUGAUCUUCAAACACCAUUGAUACAAUGAUGGACGUGAUCAUCGAUACUCUGAGUGGCUCAACGUUCUCCAUUAAUGUUGAUUUCUGGGAGACAGUGUUAACGAUAAAAGAAAAGAUCGAGAAGUCUCAAGGUAUCCCUGUUGCAAAACAAACCCUUUACUUCCAAGGCAAGGUUCUUCAAGAUCAUGUUGAUAAGUUUGAUUGCCAGCUCCUCUUCGACUCUCGUCUCCUUCUCUACAUCUCUCCCGAGGAUAAUCCUAAUCAGAACAACGAUCAAAUGCUUAUAGAUUCAGCGACAGGCAAAAAGAUCACGAAGGUGAUGGCGAGGAGAAUCAAGAAUGAAUUUUCAUCAAGACCGGCAUAUUCACUUGAUGAGUUACUUGCCCCUCAAGAUUCGCCAACUGUGACGGUUGGGAAGCAAGUAGUUCAAACCACCGAGCAGACUCCACCGUCAAACUCAGCCAAAGAGGUCCUUCCUGUGGAAAAGAAGAUCAACCCCAGCCCGAUGAAACUGACAGUAUAUGUGAAGCCAUAUGAAGAUGAUCCCAGGAUAAUUAAAGUAGAGGUUGACGCAGAUGAUAACGUUGACGAACUGAGGAAAGAGCUGGUUAAGAUGCAAGAGAGGGGUGAGUUAGAUCUGCCUCAAGAAAGGUUUUACUUAGUAGAAAGUGCGAUACCAUUGAUCGAAUCUAAGUCAUUCGAGCGGAACCUUGUUGUUGACGGCGAUACAAUUGAGAUUCUCAGCGAGCUAUCAUCUUCUAUUUAGUCUUUCUUCAAGUUUUCUUGCUUUGAUCAAAGUUCAUAGCUUUCUGCAAAUAUGCUUACGACAUGUAAUUACCAAUAUCGUUGUUGUUUAAAGAAGAGAAACAGAGUUCUUGUUUAGUUACAUAUUUUCGAAAUUAGCGAUAAAGAUUCACUUUUCAUAAUGCAAGAUUAUUCAUAAUUCUCGUCUUCAACACUUCUUCUCUCUUGAUCAUAAAAUGGAGCAAUCUCCUCCACCGUCAAACUCAACAGAACAGAUCAUCGAAGAUUCGACUGUGACGGUUCAAACAGAGCAAUCUCCAUCGUCAAACUCGGUCGAAGAAAUGAUAUCUUGAUAGGUGAUUGUUGACAUGAAUUUUAAAGACAAUUCUUGCAAAAGAUUCGAAUUUUUCUGAUAAAACUGUAAAUCUAGACAUUGAAUGUUAAAGCUAAACGUUACACACAGCCAACGGCGUCGUUUCUCAUCCUCUACGCAUAAAUCAGAAAGAAGCCUAAGUAAAAACAAGCCCAUUUAAGCUGUUAACGUUGUCUAAAAGACUAAAACUCCCACAUCAUCUAUCCAAUUUAAUAAGCGUCUUCUUGAAAGAAUCAGUAAAUGGGCCUUUUAGUAUGUAGUCAAUGAUGUUAAUGGGUCAUAAGUGAAUCAGAAAUUGGCCCAUUAAAGCUGUGAACAAUAUCAAAUCGUCCCACAU